AUGGCGAUGGAGGACCUGUGCCGGUUCUUCUCAGACCUGGACAUCUGCGGCUCCAGUCCGGACUUCCUGGACGAGAACCCGGGCGGCGUCUGGAGGGCGGCCGUGCACGAGGGCCGCUGGGUGGGGGGCACCACCGCCGGGGGCUGCCUGAACAACCGAGACAGUUUCUGGACCAAUCCGCAGUUUCGGGUCAACGUUUCUGGAGAGUGUUUGGAGACGAACACGCUGGUGUCUCUGAUGCAGAAACACGACAAGAGGAACCGACGCCUGGUCCAGAACCUGCACAUCGGGUUCUGCGUGUUCCAGGUAGAUCCGUUUAAGGCUCAGACGGGGAAGUUCCCGGCCUCCUUCUUCAACACGCGGUCGCCCGUGGCCCAGACCAAAACCUACAUGAACGCCCGGGAGGUGAUGGAGCUCCUCUCUCUGAAGCCCGGCGAGUACCUAAUUGUGCCAUCCACCUUCAAACCCAACGAGACCGCCUCCUUCAUCCUGACCAUCCACUCCAAGACCGACACCAGCUGCUAUGAGAACUCAGCCGAUCACAAGAAGGACAGAGUCCAGAAGGCCAAGAAGCGCAGGAACUCCCAGGAGGAGGAAAAGAAACGGACGCUUUUCCGCCGGUACUCCGACAAGUUCGAGGAGGUGGACGCCGAACGGCUGCAGCUGAUCCUGAAUGAGGACGUCCUGAAAGGAGACCUGAAGUCUGGGGGCUUCAGCAUCGACGCCUGCCGGAGCAUGACGUCCAUCACCGGCCGACUGAACGGCGAGGAGUUCCUGCGUCUGUGGAACAAAGUGGUGACGUAUAAGGACAUCUUCUUUAGGACGGACGUCUCCCGGACGGGGACUCUGUCCCUGAGCGAGCUGAGGAACGCCUUCCUGGCCACAGAGAUCUUCCAGCGGCUGUCUGACGGGAAGGGAAUGACCCUGAGGGAGUCGGAGUGGUUCCUGGUCUCCAUGUACACGUAA